CGGUGCGCAUGCGCAGCAACACCGAUCCUCUCCGGAGUUUCGUUUUUCAUGAGCAAGAAGUGGUUGUAGCUAAAGGACUCGGCGCUGUGCGGUCAGUGUCCGUGGCACUUCUUAGAUGGACACCACUGCAUCUAACCGCUGCAUGGCUGUCACACCCGACAAAACACUGCGACGCCAGCUCGGCAGCCUCUCGAAGCGCAUGUCCGCCUGUCUGGUGGAGAGAAUAUCGGCUUGUUUAUGCCGGUCAGGUAUCCUCACCGAGUAUGAGGUCCAGCUAAUCCAGACUCCGGGCACAGACGUCCACAAAGCCUCCCAGCUGCUGCUCACGGUCCUCCGCAAAGGGUCCAGGGCCUGCCAGCUUUUCUUCAAGUGUCUGGCCGUGUGUAGCCCCUCGCUGUUCGAGACGGUCACAGGGUGCACAGUGAGGCCAACAGACGUAGACCACUAUCAUUCUGAAGAUGACAUCUGUUCAGAGACAGCUGGAGCACUUCCACCAUAUAUCAUAAAUAUACACAAUUCCUCAUUAACCAACUGCAUCAUCGGAAACAACAAUGGCUUGUGCUGUCUUCUUUCUCGGACUGGUGUCACGAAUGAUAAGUUGGAAGACAUCCAGAGGCCUGACCAGCAGAUGGCAGCCCCGGACCCCACGGAGGCUCCCAGCAUCCAGGUGCAAAGCUCACAAGUAGAGUACGUCAUCAUAGGGGACAAUAACUACAUGAGUGUUGGGAGCAACGAGGAGUCAGGAGAGCAAGAAGAAACAGAGAGCGAGCCUGAAGAUUCUGAGGGGGGGAAUGGAUGAAAUAAUGAGGAUGGACUGUAGUGAGUUUUUAUUGUAUCUACACUAUAUUGCCAAAAGUAUUCACUCGCCCAUCCAACUCAUUGAAUUCUGGAAUUCCAAUCACCGUGGCCACAGGUGUGUAAAACCAAGCCCCUCGGCCUGCAGACUGCUUCUACAGACAUUAGUGAAAGAAUGGGUCGCUCUCAGGAGCUCAGUGAAUUCCAGCGUGGUACCGUGAUC